AUGGCCCAAUCGACGUCCCAAGAGGGCCGGAGUAUUCUACUCAUCAACGGCCCCAACCUUAACCUGCUGGGUACUCGCGAGCCCGAAAUAUACGGUAGCACUACCCUCCAAGACGUCCUCGACCUCGCCCAAAAGCAAGCAGCCGAACUCGGUGUUAAACUGCAAACAUUUCAAUCUAAUUGGGAAGGGGCCAUCGUCGACCGCAUCCAGGAAGCCCGCACGCAGGGUGUGGACGCCAUCGUCAUCAAUCCUGCUGCCUUUACCCACACGAGCGUGGCAAUCCGUGAUGCUCUUCUCGGCGUCGACAUCCCCUUUGUGGAGCUGCAUGUGUCAAAUGUACACACGCGAGAGCCGUGGCGACACCACAGCUACUUCCAGGACAAGGCUGUUGCCGUGAUUUGCGGCAUGGGCACAUAUGGAUAUACGGCUGCGUUGGAGUUCGCCGCCAGGCAUAUGAAGCUAAAGAAGAAGGCACUGAAUUGA